AUGCCAGCGUCCUGGCCGGCUGAGCGCCUACCUGCUGCUGGCGCCCUCUGCCUCAGUGAGUCAGAGGAGGACCUAGGCAUGGGGAGCUUGGAGAGCCAUGCCCCUCCCAGCACACAUAGGGUGCCUGACUCCAAGUUCCAUUCCAUUCACGCGAAGCUGGACACCAUCAAGAAAGGUCACACAAAGGACAGCCAGCACUACAAAGUCGACUAUGAGUCCCAGAGCACGGACACCCAGACCUUCUCCUCGGAGUCCAAACUGGAGAUAGAAUAUGGUCCCUUCCUUAGAGAGAUGCAAGACACCUUGAAUCACCUGAAGUUCCCCAAUGUGCUGAGUCCCAGGGGUGUGCACAUCCCCAACUACGACAAGAAAGGAUUUUAUAAGAAGAAGCAGUGUCGCCCCUCCAAAGGCAGAAAGCGUGGCAUCUGUUGGUGCGUGGACAAGUAUGGUCAGCCCCUCCCAGGCUUCGACAGCAAGGGCACGGACGACUUGCACUGCCUCGGCAUGCAUAGCCAGUAG